AUGCCAAAGAUAAGAACACAGCGCACGAAGCAGCCACCGGAGGGCUUUGAAGCUAUUGAGCAGAUAUUGGAUGACUAUAGCCGCAAAAUGCGUGAUGUUGAAGCAGAAUCUAUCGAUGGCAAGCGUAAGAAUGAAACUUUAUGGCCAAUUAUGAGAAUAUCACAUACUAGAUCGAGGUAUAUCUACGAUCUCUACUACAAGCGCAAGCAAAUAUCGAAAGAACUCUACGAUUGGCUAUUAAAGCAGGGAUACGCCGAUGCGAACUUAAUCGCUAAAUGGAAGAAACAGGGAUACGAGAAGCUUUGCUGCACGCGUUGUAUCCAGAGUAGAGAUAUGAACUACGAAGGAUCUACGUGUAUUUGCAGAGUACCAAAAGCACACCUCAAAGAAGGACAAACGUUUGAAUGCGUUCAUUGCGGCUGCCGUGGCUGCAGUUCAGAGACUUAG